AUGUCCUACUCUUACUACAAAGAAUUUUAUCACAAGGACCAAUACGAACACCUACUCUCUCUCCCCGAUACCCAAGAUAAAGUUGAAGGUGUCCGGGCAUGGACCAAAAAAUGGUUCACCGUCCACGACCUAAAAACCGAUGCCAUAACUGAUGCCUUAAACAAGGUAUAUUGGACAGGCUUCGACCUCUACGAACACGAAAACACCAAGAAAUUCUAUGAGAGUAUUUAUGGCAAACGCAGGGUUGCGCCCACCGUCGAUGAACAAAAAGGGGUGGUUCAAUCAAAGGAGGCAGAUAAACUAAAGGAAGCAAAGAAACAAAAGGAAGCAGAGGAAUGGAAGAGAGCAGACGAACGAAGGGAUCAAAUGGAACGGAAGGUUGAAAUAGAUCGAGAUGUUCAAAAGGAACUAAUGAGAAAGCAUCUAGUGUCCUGGGGGUUUGGAGAAGCUCAUGCUUAUGGCAUUGUGACUGAUAUUUUCAGAGCCAUAGAAAUCAGAAUUCAUAAGGAGAGGACCAAGGAGUAUGAGAAGAUCAAAACGAAAAGGGAGGAAUUAGAAAAGCAAAACACAUUUUAUUAUUAG